UUCCAUAAUCAACAUUCUCAUCUUUCAGAUACGCCUCCAAUUAUAGCAACAGAAUCCUAAGCUAGCGUCGCCGGGAGCCAGAACAAGUCCUGUUGUUGGACCCUUUCCUUUGAUGCCUCCCCCACUUUGCUUUCCGCUGGAGCAACGCCGUUGCCUUGGCCUCACACAAGGAACACCGGCGGCACGCACGCCCCCCACAUAUACUCCCCCCAGCCCCCGUGCUUGCAUGUGCACAAGAAACCUCCUUUCUUCUCAGCACAGCAGGAAGGAAACCCACCCUCCUACGUGGACAAAGAUCAGAUCAAUGGGUCAGGCCGUCGCCAAGGCGAAGCAAGAGGCCGGGCGGGCAACGCAGAAGAACGACAAGGACGGCAAGGCUGUGGCCAACCGUAAUGACGCCAAGGAGCAGCUCAUCGAAUUUAUGGAUAAGAACUACGAUAAAGUCAAGCCUACGAAAACCUUCGAUGAGUUUUAUCAUGCCAUCUUCGAACUCAUCGAGAAUUCUCGUAUGAUUCCUAAGCCUUUAUGGAUUAAAAGUUCAUGCACGCGUAUAAACAGACAGUUUUGUGAGGAACAAGGGCAGCUGCAGUACAGGAUGCCAUCAAAAGAUAAGCUCGCGGAAGUGUACAAGGCUCUUAGGAAGCCGGAUGGAGUAAACCUCACCAAGGGUCAGUUCCACACGAUCACCGAGAACCUCGUCACGGUGCACAGCUUCAGCUUCGGCAAGGCCGCCUUCGACGUGCUCGUGGUCCUCUUUGGCGCGCCGAUGUGCGCGCUCCUCGUCAAGAGGGUCGUCCCCGGCCUCAAGUCCUUCUCCGACGACGUCGUCAUCCCGGUGGCCACCUCCGGCGCCGUCGUGUACCUGGCCAAGACCAACAAGCUGUGAGUCGGCGGAUUAUACGAGUGUAACUACUACUACUAGCUUACCACAAGAAGAAAAAUAAUGUGUCGAAUCGUAAUGAUGCAACUGUGUGGUGGCUCGAUCGCGUCCAGAUUGCAAAAUCUAUAAAGAUGAUUGAAACUUUUAGUGA